UGAUUGGUGGGCAGCAGAGUAUAUAUAUUCGUGAUCAGGCGUCGCGGCCCUCUUUCUCUUCGACAUCAGAGAACCCUUCAUACGGCGUUGUCAUCUCGUUUCCUGUCGUUGCUUUAAAAGGAAACUUUCACAAUGUCCGGAGGCCUUGAUGUUCUACAGAUGAAGGAGGAAGAUGUCCUCAAAUUCCUUGCUGCAGGAACCCAUUUGGGAGGCACCAAUCUAGAUUUUCAGAUGGAACAAUAUAUAUAUAAAAGAAAAAGCGAUGGUAUUUACAUCAUCAAUCUGAAGAGAACCUGGGAAAAACUGCUAUUAGCUGCCCGUGCCAUUGUAGCUAUUGAGAACCCAGCAGAUGUCAGUGUUAUCUCCUCCAGGAAUACUGGGCAGCGUGCUGUUUUGAAAUUUGCUGCAGCUACUGGUGCAACCCCAAUUGCUGGCCGGUUCACUCCUGGCACAUUUACAAAUCAGAUCCAGGCUGCUUUUCGUGAACCCCGCCUUUUGGUAGUCACUGAUCCAAGAGCUGAUCAUCAGCCACUGACUGAAGCAUCUUAUGUAAACAUUCCCACUAUUGCUUUGUGUAAUACAGAUUCUCCUCUACGUUAUGUGGAUAUUGCUAUUCCCUGCAACAACAAGGGAGCUCACUCAGUUGGUCUGAUGUGGUGGAUGUUGGCUCGAGAAGUCCUGCGAAUGCGUGGCACUAUUUCCCGUGAGCAUCCAUGGGAAGUUAUGCCUGAUCUCUAUUUCUACCGAGAUCCUGAAGAGAUUGAAAAAGAAGAACAGGCUGCAGCUGAUAAGGCAGUUACCAAGGAGGAGUUCCAGGGUGAAUGGACAGC